UUCACGAUUCACCGGCCUCAUCAUCGCGCCCAUUAACGGCGAACAGUAGCAGUGCGCACGCAUCGCCAAUGCGAUCCUUGACAAGCGCAUCCGGUGGCUUAUACAUCAGCGCACCCGGAAAAAUCAUUCUGUUCGGUGAACAUGCUGUUGUUUAUGGACGAACAGCGGUAGCCGGUUCGAUCGAUCUGCGUACCUAUGUUAGUUUAUUCACUUCGGCCGAUGGCAGGAUAUAUUUAUCGCUACCUGAUCUCGGUGUGGAAAAAACAUGGCUAUUAAAGGAUCUUUUGAGGGCUGGCGAACGUCUUUCUGAAUGUACAGUUGAGGAUGGAUCGCCGCCAUCCCUCGAAUUACUUGUGCCUAUUGCGCGAAAAUUAAGUGGUUCGUGCGAGGAUCAAUGCGGAGCAUAUUGUGUUUGCAUAGCAGCUGCUCUGCUACAGAUGGCUGGCUUAAUUCCAUCACCAUCUGUCCCGGUGGGCGAUGAAGGUUCGUUGACGUGGGACGAUGAGCAUUUGGAUAUGAUCAGGAAGUGGUCAGCGGCCGCCGAAUCACUGAUACAUGGCCGAGCCUCUGGCCUUGAUGCGGCCGUCUGCACUUAUGGCGGUGUUGCAUGUUUCAAACCAGGAACACGUAUUCAGCAUUUAAGAAAGUAAUU